GUUUUUAAACAGGUAAAUCAACAGGCUGGGAAGAUGACAACUGGGGAGCAUGGGAAGAAACUGAAGUCCAGGAACCUGAAGAAGAGGAAAGUACUGUGAAAACACAAAAAACCUCCUGGCUUCAAGAUUGUGUUUUAUCCCUAUCUCCAACCAGUGAUCUCAUGGUUAUAGCUCGGGAGCAAAAAGCUGUAUUUCUUGUGCCAAAAUGGAAACAUAGUGAUAAGGGGAAAGAAGAAAUGCAAUUUGCUGUUGGUUGGAGUGGUUCUCUAAAUGUCGAAGAAGGGGAACGUGUGACCAGUGCUCUGUGUAUCCCCCUGGCCAGCCAGAAGAGGAGCUCCACUGGCCGCCCCGACUGGACCUGCAUUGUGGUGGGCUUUACCUCGGGCUACGUGCGUUUCUACACAGAGAAUGGUGUGCUCCUGCUUGCACAGCUGUUGAAUGAGGACCUAGUGCUGCAGCUAAAAUGCAGGACCUAUGAAAUCCCACGACAUCCGGGUGUGACUGAACAGAAUGAAGAGUUGAGUAUCUUGUACCCUGCUGCCAUUGUGACUAUUGACGGCUUCAGUCUUUUUCAGUCUCUUCGUGCUUGUCGAAAUCAGGUAGCAAAAGCUGCUGCAUCAGGCAACGAGAACAUACAGCCACCGCCGUUGGCUUAUAAGAAAUGGGGCCUACUAGAUAUUGACACUAUUAUCGAUCAUGCUAGUAUUGGUAUUAUGACCUUAUCCCCUUUUGAUCAAAUGAAGACUGCCUCCAACAUAGGCGGAUACAAUGCAACCAUUAAAAACAGCCCUCCUGCCAUGUCUCAGUACAUUACUGUGGGGUCCAAUCCAUUCACUGGCUUCUUCUAUGCUUUGGAGGGAAGUACGCAGCCAUUAUUAUCUCAUGUUGCAUUAGCCGUUGCAAGUAAACUCACUUCAGCUUUAUUUAAUGCUGCCAGUGGUUGGCUUGGUUGGAAAAGUAAGCAUGAAGAAGAAACCAUCCAGAAGCAAAAACCGAAGGUCGAGCCGGCUACCCCAUUAGCUGUAAGGUUUGGACUUCCAGAUUCCAGACGCCAUGGUGAAAGUAUUUGUCUGUCUCCAUGUAACUCACUGGCAGCAGUAACUGAUGAUUUUGGCAGAGUUAUCUUAUUGGAUGUAGCUAGAGGGAUUGCAAUACGCAUGUGGAAAGGGUAUCGAGAUGCACAGCUUGGUUGGAUCCAAAUAGUAGAGGACCUCCAUGAAAGAGUGGCAGAAAAGGUGGAUCUCUCCCCAUUUGGGAACACUCAGGGGCCAAGCCGAGUAGCUCAGUUUCUUGUCAUCUAUGCGCCAAGACGAGGGAUUUUAGAAGUGUGGAGCACUCAGCAGGGCCCGAGAGUAGGGGCCUUCAACGUGGGAAAGCACUGCAGACUUCUGUAUGCUGGCUAUAAGAUAAUGGGCUUAAAUAACGUUACCAGUCAGAGUUGGCAGCCACAAACCCACCAGAUCUGCCUUGUUGACCCCGUGUCUGCAAGUGUGAAGACAGUGAAUGUUCCUUUCCAUCUAGCACUGAGUGAUAAGAAGAGUGAACGAGCAAAGGACAUGCACUUAGUGAAGAAGCUGGCAGCUUUACUGAAAACCAAAGCUCCCGAUCUCGAUUUGGUUGAAACAGAAAUAAAGGAGUUAAUUCUUGAUAUUAAAUACCCUGCAACCAAAAGACAAGCUUUGGAAAGCAUUUUGGCAAGUGAACGUUUACCAUUUUCCUGCCUCAGAAACAUCACUCAGACUCUAAUGGACACUUUAAAUAAUCAAGAGCUUGAGUCUGUGGAUGAGGGAUUGCUACAAUUUUGUGCUAGUAAACUGAAAUUACUCCAUCUUUAUGAGUCUGUUAGUCACUUAAAUUCUCUCAGUUUUCAGUCAGAAACACCAUUCUCUGAUAAUGACUUGGCUGUGUUACUAAGACUUGAUGAAAAAGAACUACUUAAGCUCCAGACACUAUUAGAAAAAUAUAAACAAGAGGACACCAGGAUUACGGUCCGAUUUUCUGACUAUAAGGAUGGUGUGUUGCCUAGCAAAGCAUUUCUGGAAUAUUUAGAAUAUGAGAAGGAUGUGAUCAACAUAAAGAAGAUGAGUGAAGAUGAGUAUGUGGCCUUAGGUAGUUUCUUUUUCUGGAAGUGUUUACAUGGAGAAAGCUCCACUGAGGAAAUGUGUCACACUCUGGAGUCUGCUGGACUCAGCCCUCAGCUGUUACUGUCUCUGCUUCUGAGUGUUUGGCUCUCUAAGGAGAAAGAUAUUCUGGACAAGCCCCAUUCUGUUCACUGCCUCCACACGAUGCUAUCCCUGCUGAGCAAGAUGAAAGUGGCCAUCGAUGAGGCCUGGGAUUCGCAGUCUGUGUCCCCAUGGUGGCAGCAGAUGCGCACAGCUUGUAUUCAGUCAGAGAACAAUGGAGCUGCCCUUCUGUCUGCCCAUGUGGGGCACUCGGUGGCUGCGCAGAUGUCCAACAACAUGACAGAGAAAAAGUUUUCCCAGACAGCUGUGGGUGCGGAUUCCGAGGGCCUCACUGAUUCCUGGGAGGCCCUUUCUCUGGACACUGAGUACUGGAAACUGCUGCUGAAGCAGCUGGAGGACUGCCUCAUCCUGCAGACCCUCCUGCACAGCAGAGUGGGCACCCGGCCCUCCAAAGUGUCGUCACUGCAGGCUGAGCCUCUGCCGAGGCUGUCUGUAAAGAAGUUACUGGAAGGUGGAAAAGGUGGCAUUGCAGACACUGUAGCCAAGUGGAUAUUUAAACAGGACUUCAGCCCUGAAGUAUUAAGACUGGCAGAAAGUGUAGGCGAGCCCAAAGAAGACAUUAGCAGAGGCUUAUCUGAGGCAUCUGACAUGGAAAUGGACUUGGGCACCAUACCAGAUCUGCUGCAUCUGGCCUAUGAACAGUUCCCCUGUAGCCUGGAGCUGGAUGUGUUGCAUGCACACUGCUGUUGGGAAUACGUGGUUCAGUGGAACAAAGACCCAGAGGAAGCACGUUUUUUGAUUAGAUCAAUAGAACACUUGAAGCACAUUCUUAAUGCGCAUGUCCAGAACGGCAUCUCACUGAUGAUGUGGAAUACUUUCCUGGUUAAAAGGUUUUCUGCUGCUACAUACUUGAUGGAUAAGGUGGGAAAAUCACCAAAGGACAGGCUGUGCCGAAGGGAUGUUGGGAUGAGUGACACAGCAAUGACCUCUUUCCUUGGCUCCUGCCUGGAUCUUCUUCAGACGUUAAUGGAGGCAGACGUGAGCAGGGAUGAGACGCAGGCACCCGUCCUGGACACAGAGGAUGCCUGGCUGGCAGUGGAGGGACCCAUCUCCAUUGUGGAGCUGGCCCUGGAGCAGAAGCACAUCCACUACCUGCUGGUGGAGCACCAUUCCAUCCUCUGCUCCAUCUUGUAUGCGGUCAUGAGGUUUUCUCUGAAGGCGGUGAAGCCACUCUCGCUGUUUGAUAGUAAGGGGAAAAAUGCAUUCUUCAAAGAUCUAACUUCUAUUCAGUUAUUACCCAGUGGGGAAAUGGACCCAAAUUUUAUUUCAGCACGACAACAGUUCUUACUAAAAGUUGUGAGUGCGGCUGUCCAAGCCCAGCAUUCCAUGGUGAAGGACAGAGAUCCUUCAGAAGAGGCACCACCAGCUCCUUUGAGGAAAGAUCCAAACUGGCCGGCUCUAGCUGUGGAUUUGGCCCCUCACCUCCAAGUUAGUGAAGAUGUUGUUAGGAGGCAUUACGUGGGGGAACUCUACAACUAUGGAGUUGACCACCUGGCAGAAGAGGCCAUCCUCCAGGUUCAUGACAAAGAGGUCCUGGCCUCUCAGCUGCUGGUGCUGACGGGGCAGAGGCUGGCCCAUGCACUGCUCCACACCCAGACCAGGGAGGGCAUGGAGCUACUGGCCAGGCUGCCCCCCACCCUCUGCACCUGGCUGAAGGCAAUGGACCCCCAGGAUCUUCAAAACACUGAAGUGCCAAUUGCGACAACAGCUAAACUUGUAAAUAAAGUCAUUGAGCUUUUACCAGAAAACCAUGGGCAGUAUAGUUUAGCCUUACACCUCAUUGAUGCUGUGGAAGCCAUAUCUAUUCCUGUUGACACUUUAUGACACUUAGCUACUGAAAACUAAAGUCAUGGCUGUAACAUGAAUUAGUGCAUGGUUAUUUUACAUAGUAAGAUUUGAAGUUUAAUGAAGGGAGUUGAGUUUUUCUUUUGUAAAAUAAAAAUAUAUGUAUUGAUUUUUUUUUUUUAAAGUUCUGGCUAAAUUCUACUCCUUUGGUUAAUUCUGAAGACAAAAGUAUAAACAUCAACUACACUAUUAGUUACUAGUACAGAUGUUUUAUUUGGAACUCAAGCACCUGAAUAGCUUGUUAUACUUUGCUUUUUAAAGUGGGUCAUAAUUUACAGAUUAUGUUCUUAUAAGACUAUAUUUCAUACUGAAACUGUUAUUGCUGUAAUUAAAUAUAAAUUUGUUCAUACGUAGUCUUACCAGUUGAAGUAGAGAAUCACCCUGCACUCCUGUAAGAAACAGGGAAAUGCUUGUUACUGUGUGUGCCCCAGCGGAGCUGGAGCUGGAGCUGGAGCUGGCAGGUCCCGUCCCCGGAGGUCUUACUGUUUGGUCAGAGGACCUUGACCUUGCUUGUGGAGGGGAUAAUGGCAAGAUCACCUUGUUCAUCAGAGUGACACUGAAGAGAACCUAACCUGCUGUAUUUGCCAAAACUGAGAUGCAAGCAACACAGUGACAGGAAUUAGAAUACUAACUGGGAUUUGCGUUUUGCCAAGAUUCAAAAUUAUAUCCAUUAUCAGGUAGUUGUAAAAAUGUAUUAUUUUGUAAAGGUUAUGUUUUGAAAAGGGCAACAAUCCUUAAAAAAAAUUUAUGUCCAACUUAUUUUUCCUAUGAGUGUUUAGAAAUACAUGCUUCUGGGAUCUGAUAAUGUAAUCUGUUCAUGAGAACAGUUCAGAAAAUGCCUAGUGAUGCUACAGCUUUAGUAUACCUACCUCACAGCUGGCUUGAGAAGAUAAAAUGAAACUGACUUUGUACCUGUUAGUGCCUGGAGCAGUUCAAGUGCUGAAUAAUUUGAUUAAGACCAAUUUUACCAACACUCUGUAUACAAAGUGCUUUGAGCUCUACAAACACUGGUGUUUAUUAUGGCAUAUCUUUGGAAUGUAGCCAUACAGGGAAAUUUUGCUGUCUGUCACAGAUUACUAUUGCUAUUCACAGUAACUCAUUGUGAUAAAAAAUUUGUUCAGUUUCUUUCUUCACCUAUAAGAAACCAGCUCUAGCAGUUGUAAAAAGUUAAGGAGUAUAUCCUUCAGGGAUAUAAAGAAAAGGUCUACUACUUGAGGAUAACACCAUGUAAAUUCUCUUAGAAAGAUUACACCCCAAUAGGAAUUUGCCUGUUUAAAACUUGGCUUCUUCAGGUAACGGGGGAGGGCCUGUCAUGAAGACUGUCCCACCUCUGCUUGGCUCUCUGCUGCCCCAACCAGACACAUUCACAGGAUUCCGUGUAAAUUGUCCCCAGCACCUGUCCAUCUCUAAAGAUUAGUCAUUCCUAUCUGUUUUUCUAAAUACUGUUAGUAGUUAGAGGCAGGUCAAAGUAUUAUAAACUAGCACUUUGAUUCCAUCACUACUUUGCGGGGAGGGGAUCCUUAAGCAUUUUAAAUAAGACAAAAUUAGGGACUGAGAAUAUUAAUAGGCUUAAAUACGGUUCAUGGAGCCACACCAAAUUACAUCUCAAGUUAGAUUUGUAAUACUAGAAUUUAUCAUUGACAGAAUUUUGAAAUUUAAGAAAAGCAGUUAGAUAUUUUACUAUUUACUAGCAAUUGUUUUUAACUUAAAUCUGAUAGGAAGAAAGGAAAGAGCCCAAUAAAAGGAACAGAUCUUAUGAAAUGGUGGUUUCUGAAAUCAAGGCCGUGUCAGGUUGCUUAUACUAGUGGAAGCCAGUGAGCAGUAGUAUUAAACCAGCCCCACAGCUACCUUUUCUCAUCAAAUUGGCAUUUUUGUACCUUGUUAAAUUACAAGAAACAUCUUCAAAUAAUCAUAUGUUCUGUACUACAGAUAAAAAGGUAGAGCUAGAAAACCAAGGACAAAUGAAGAUGAGUAAAAGACUAUGCUAAAUGCACCAUAAUUUUGCAAAAAGACAAAAUAUAUGAAGUUUCACAUUUGUCAUAAAAAUUCAUGUAAGGUCAAAGUAAACACUAGUUACAAUUAAAUUGCUGUCUUGAAAAACAGUUGUAAUUUUAAAAAGCCAGUAAUACUAAGCUUACAUGGAGUGUUCACUUAGAUGUUGGUUUAUUUAUGAUAGAAAUCUUUUUCAAGCACUCAACAGUAACAGCAAAAUCCUCUCACCCUGAUAGGAAGGGGUCUCUUUGGCUCUUGAUAGUUAAGAUUUCUGCACAGUAGACUUAGCCAUCCUUAGCAAGGUUCUAUUUCAAUACUGAAUUGUUUAUAAAAUGCUCUAUUACCUAUUGUAAUGUACUAUAAGUAGUAAUUCUGUAUAUACUGCUAUUUUCUGUGUUCAUUAUUGUGAAUUUAUGUAUAUCAGUGAAAUAAAUUUUCAGCUUUCA